AUGUGGAAUCCCGAUGUUGAACACUUAUUCUCAAUGUGCGAUUCGGAAUCGAAGGGCUAUUUGACAGUUGAAGAUUUGAAACGAAUUUGUCCGCAGCUGGACGACAAUGAUAUUUCAUUCAUUUUCAAUCAAUUGGAUGCCGAUGGUUCAGGAAGAAUCGAGAAAAUGGAAUUUUGCAAAGGUUUUGAAGCAGCCGUCAGCAAGGGAGAAAAUAAUGUUCACUUUGACGAUUUGCCACCACCACAAAGAAACGAACAAGUGUUUGAUAGUGAAGGGGAAUCUACCAAAAGGCCAUAUUUAUUAAAUUUGGAAGAAGAAGUCUAUAAUUCGGAAUCGGAUACCAAUGUGAAUAUCGACUUCAGUGUUCCAUGCCAAGAGGAAGUUUUAAUGCUUUAUGAGCAGCUCCAAUCCACAGGAAUGCCGCAGUUGUUGCGCAAAUUUGAGAAGAUUGUUGGAUCAUUUUGCAAUGAAAUAAAAGAGCGAAAAAAUGAAAAUGAAAGGCUUCAUCAUAUUUAUACAAACGAACGGGAUAUGUAUAACCGACGGCUUGAAGAAGUCGAAAGUGAAAUUGAUCAGCAGCUGGAAAUAGUGGAAAUGAAAGCAAGACAGGAGGAACGUGAGAGAUUAACUAAGGAGAAGGAAGAAAUGAGAAAUCAGUUGACCGAAGAGAUGAAGGAGAUGCGAGCUAAUAUUGAGCGUUUGCAAAAGAUGGAGCACGUUCUUGAGAAAGAAAAUGAGAAAUUGAGUUUGCAGAAGAAGCUUAACGAAAAGCUUAGAGAAGUUAGCGAGGAAAACUCGGAUCUUCGCAAGAACCUUGCUGAGAACCAUUUGGAGCUGGCUUUGAUUAAAAGCGAGCUGGCACAGAUAAGAGCCGAAUAUGAUUAUAAGAAUGAUGAGUUGUUGGCAAGAAAAGGACAAAUUCAUAGUGCUGAAGAAGAAAGUGAAACAAUGCAGAAGCAAUUGCAGCUGUUAUUCGAUGCUAAUAGAAAACUUCAUGAGACAAAUGAAAGCCUCCGAAAUGCAUUGGACAAUCGUGCUUCAGUUAUUAGGGAGUUCAAUCUACGUACUCCAUCUCCGGGAUUAGUGAGCUCAAACAGAAAUUCGAUGGAAAAUUUUCAAUCAGUUAAUUCUGCAUUUUCAUCGCCAUCAAAAAUGUUUCAUCCAGUGGCUCUGCAUGCGAUUUCUUUGGAUGAUAGUACACCUGAGACAUCAAUAAUGCUUGAUGACAGUUCGUCAUUAAACGAUACUAAGCUGAGCCCUAUUGAUGAUUUAAUUGGUAUUCAUGAAGCCAACGGACCAGCGGAGCGAACAUUUCGUAUUGUUAUGUGUGGGGAUGCCGCUGUUGGAAAAAGCAGUUUUGUAAUGAGAGUGAUUCGCCGGCAGUUUAGUAAUCAGCUCCCAAGCACACUUGGAGUCGAUUUUCAUGUGAAAACCGUCAAUGUUGACGGGCACAAUGUUGCAUUGCAAUUAUGGGAUACGGCGGGACAGGAAAGAUUCCGCUCGCUUUGUAAAUCAUAUUUUCGGCGCGCUGAUGGCGCCAUUCUUGUGUAUGAUGUCACGUCGGAGCACUCAUUUUUGCGCGUUCGCGAUUGGAUUGAUACGAUCAAAGAAUCGGUGGAGCGCUGCAUUCCCAUCAUAUUAGUUGGGAACAAAAUCGAUUUGCGGGUUGCCGAAUUGGGCGCGGUGACGAAAUCGGACGGCGCUUCGAUGGCGGCGGCAAUGGGUGUUCUUUUUAUGGAAACUAGUGCGCUGGAUGGCAGCAAUAUUGAUAACACCAUGCUGGCUUUGACGAGAGAGUUGAUGGCGGUUGAAGAUGUGGAAAUUCGUUCAACUGGCGUUGUUUUGUCGCAACGCGAAAAGAAUAAACAGACGGGAUGUUUCUCAAAGUGCCGCGGCUCUUAA